AUGAAACAUCUUGAAAAGUUAGCUUUGUAUCUUCGUUUACGUAAGCGAUAUCAAUUUGUCGUCGAUGGCAAACAUCUUUAUAAUGAAAUUCUUGCUAAUAUGCCACAACUUCAUACAUUUACCUUCUAUAUGAGUACAAACAAUUACAUUCAACAUUUAGAUCCUCUUCAAUCUAUUGAUGAUAUUCAACAAGCAUAUACAAAUAUAAAAUAUGGACAAACAAUUUGUAUCAUAGAUUACUUCGAUUGGUUUAAAGCUACAUUUCAUAUAUACUCACUUCCAUUUACAUUUACUCGUCUGGAAGAUAUCACGAGUCAAUUUCCAACUAUCGGAUUUUGUACUGUAACUUACUUGUCUGCAUCUGAUGUGAUUCCAAUGGAACAUGAAUUCUUCAUGCGAAAAAGUCGAGAUUUCCCGAUGCUUAAAUGUUUUACUUUGGAGAAUAGACAUAAGCAGGAAAUACAUCAUGAUGAAUUGAAAUCUGAUAAGAAUGCAUCUUAUUCAAUUAUUGAAUAUUCUCAUCUUAUAUCACUUGAUCUAUUAAAUGUCCAUAUCGAUUAUGUUAUUCAAUUUCUACUCGAAACAAAGACACAUAUACCUCGUUUAACUGAAUUAAAACUCAAUUAUAAUCAAUUGGAAACUGUAACAAUGAACUUUACAAGAGAUGUAACUCGACGUAAUUGUGCAAAAGUGAACCGAUUAAUUAUCAACGAUUCAAGAGAUUUUUCAAAAGACGUUUAUCAAUAUUUUCCUUCGUUGAAAAGUCAGUUUUAUGUAGAUGCCUUUGAUAAAAAUAAAAUAUAUAAAAAUCCUUCUAUUAUAAAAGAGUAA